CCGAAAACCAAUUGUGCAUACCUCUGUCAAACUUUUUUCCUUCUGGAUCGAUAUCUUUAACGUUAAAAAUAUCCUCGAAUAGCACUCCCGCCAUUACAAUAUUUUACCGAAACUGGUUAAAAAACAAAACGAGUUAAAUCACACGAAAACGUUUUCAAAACAUAAAAUUGACAGAUUUGACAUUUGGUUAUUUACACUGCUGCCAACAAGACAAAUAGCACCAGAACUGGAGGGUAUUUUGAAUCGGACCAAUAGAAAACCAGGAAAUAAUUGUUUUUAGUUUUGACAGGUAACAUGAUUGUAAACAUAGUAUGUUUAACAUACAUUUAUUUAUGAUAAAAAUUGAGUUACGGUAAGGUUUAAACUGCGAAAAUGUCUUCCUUACCGCCAAGAAAGAAUCCCACACCCACGAAAAUAUCAAAACAGCAUUUAUCGCCGUUACAAACGCUUUUACAGCUCGGAUUUCCCAAACAUAGAGCAGAGAAGGCUUUGGCUGCUACAGGAAACGAUAAGGCACAUUUGGCAUCCGAUUGGUUGCUGGCACACGUGAAUGAUCCGUUUUUGGAUGAUAAUUCCCCAAGGGAAUAUAUUUUAUAUGCAUGUCCCACUGGAAAACUAUUGCUGCAACUGCAAAAUUUCUGGAAGAAGUCUCUAGAUGUAUGCGGUUGGAACGGAGCACAUAAUUAUACGCCUCAUAUCACAUUAGUUUCAUUUUUUAAGGCGCCCGAUGAAGAUUCUCCACAUUUAGCACAAAGUUUAAAGUCCAUAAUGGAGAGACAAGGAGCAAUGUUGAAUGAGCCCCUUAAAUUAGAAACAUACAUCUCUCCAAAUUUUAUGGGGUUUUUCGUAGCAGAAGAGCAUGCCGAUUACUUAAAAAGAAUAGCUAUGCAGUAUGUUAAAGAAGUUUCUAAUGCAAUUAUAAGUGAUACUUAUGAGCAUUUCGAUGCUCUAACGGCCUGUUUUCCUUGGUGUACCACAACCACAGCACGCUGUAUCCCAAGAGGCAGCCGAUCGAUUAGUUUGGAACCUCAUGUCAAAUCUCUGCAUUUAACGUUGGCAUAUCAGUUUCCGAAUUCGCAGUACACAAAUUUAAAGACUUUGGUUGAAGAGUUGGAUCCGAAUGUUUCCGGAGGGUGGGAAUUGAGGUUAUAUUCCAGAGAUUCUAGGGUUAAUGGAAAACAAGUACACAAAGUUAUUCAAGCGCACAACCCAACCGAACACGACGAGUUAGAUUUAAUUUUGGGAGAUUACGUUUACGUUAACAGUGAGGCGGUCGGUAAUUCCCCGGACGGUUGGGUUGAAGGCACCUCCUGGCUUACCGGACUUUCUGGUUUGAUACCGGAAAGUUACACCGAACGUACGACAGAGUCUGAUGCUUGGACGGUUCACAAAAAGGCGGCUCUAAACACCGCAAGUCCUUCAGGUGAUGCUAAAUCUCCGGUUAAACCGCCUAAAAGUUACCCGGAACAUUCCGUUUUGAACAACGACGAAAUCGUCAUACCCUUGCUUUCUGAAGAUAUCAAAGAUAUUGAAGUUGACGAAAAGACUAAAGAGGUGAUCUAUCAAAAUUUGAUGGACAUGAAGAAUAAGGGGUAUUCAGAGGGAGAUGUCCAACAAUCUGUGGACAAAUCUCGUAACAUAUACAUAAUGCGGCACGGGGAGAGAAUUGACUUUACUUUUGGAAGUUGGAUUCCGUAUUGUUUCGAUGAUGCCGGUAAAUACAUUCGUAAAGAUUUGAAUAUGCCCACGAAUUUACCGAUGAGAUCCAGUGGUCCAAAAGGGUUUUUAAGGGAUACGCCGCUCACCAAUGUGGGGAUGUUUGAAGCUACGUUGGUCGGGAAAAACUUGAAGGAAAAUAACGUUGUUAUCGAUCAUGUGUAUUGUUCGCCAUCGUUUCGCUGCGUACAGACGUGUGAUGCGGUUUUGCAGGGGUUAAACAUCAAAGAUCAGAUGAAGAUUAAGAUUGAGCCGGGGCUGUUUGAGUGGCUGGUUUGGUAUCCCCACGGGCUUCCGGAGUGGAUGACGAAGGAAGAGUUAAAAGCGGGGGGGUACAACAUCGACGAGACUUACCUCCCGCUUAUAAACGAGAAGGAGUUAAAGGAAUCCCGCGAAGGGUGCGAGCAGUUUUACCUGCGCAGCGCUUUCGUCACCAGGGGGACCCUGGCGGCGCAUUUGACGGGCAAUAUUCUGAUGGUGGGGCACGCGGCCUCGCUGGACGUGUGCUCCAGGGAGCUGGUGGGGAAGCCCCCCAGGAACGUGCAGGAGAUGACGAAGAUUAUACAGAAGGUGCCGUACUGCAGUCUGCUGAAUCUGAAGAGUUACGGGGACAAGUGGGAGAUUACGGAGCCGCCCUGCAUGCCCAUCACUCACACCACCAAUCAGAGGUUCGACUGGAAGAUAAUAAAUCAUUAAAUACAUUUUACUUGA